UCUUUGUUUGUUUGUCGAGAAAAUGUAGUUUUAAGCGAGAAACUGUAGGGUUUGAACUUUUGUUAGGUUUUAUUUCGUUUCGUAUUCUGGUAAAUUUGAUUGUUUCUUUUAUUUCCCCCUUCUUUUUAAGAAUGUAAUUAGCAAGUAAAUGAUAGCAUCAGGGCCUCGGAUUGUAGAAUUACUUGAUGAUAUCAAAAAAAAAAUUUUGCUUUGGGAAUCUGAUUGGUGGAUGAGAAAAUAAAGGAGAAUUAAAGUGAAAAAAGAAAGAAAGAGCAAAUUUUGAAUUCUAGAAUUGACUUCAACUAGGACUUAAAAAUUAACUUUAUUCACUCAGGCUUUUAAACUUUUGUAUUUGUUUUAUGUUCCUUUUUCCCUUUUUAUUUCUUUCAUUUUUGAGAAGUUUCUAAUUUAGACUUAACAUUAGAAGCAGAACCGUAAAUACGUUUCCUUUUUCUUUUCUUCCUUUUUGCCUUAGAGUUCGUCGGAAUCAGUCUCAUGUAGUUUCCAUUUGAGAGCAAUUUGUUAAUGGAAUUUGGGGUUCAUGGUGAUGUUAAUGGUGGCAUGGUACUGAAUUCAGUCCAAGUGGAGGCUGGUAGCAUGGAUAACGAAAAUGAAGCUGUGGAAAGUCCUGUUGAAGAAACUUUUCAACAGGGUGUGAAUGAAAAGAUGGAUCGAACUUCUCCAGAAAGGGAUGACAUCCCGGAGGGCAUUCCAGCUGAUGAGCCUUAUGUAGGCCAGGAGUUUGAAUCUGAGGCAGCUGCACAUGCUUUUUAUAAUGCAUAUGCAACUAGGGUUGGAUUCAUCAUUCGUGUAAGCAAACUUUCCCGUUCAAGGCGUGACGGAUCUGCUAUUGGUAGGGCACUUGUUUGUAACAAAGAAGGUUUUAGAAUGCCUGACAAGAGAGAAAAAAUUGUGAGGCAAAGGGCAGAGACGAGGGUUGGAUGCAGGGCAAUGAUUUUGGUGAGGAAAGUAAGUUCUGGUAAAUGGGUUGUUACAAAAUUCAUGAAGGAGCACACUCAUCCUCUGACACCUGGAAAAGGUCGGAGGGAUUGCAUUUAUGAUCAAUACCCGAAUGAACAUAAUAAAAUCCGAGAAUUAACACAGCAGCUGGCCAAUGAGAAAAAGAGAGCUGCAACCUAUAAAAGGCAUCUAGAAUUGAUUUUUGAGCAAAUUGAGGAGCACAAUGAGAGUCUGUCAAAGAAGAUCCAACACAUAGUAGACAGUGUGCGGGAAAUGGACAACAAAGAGCAGCUGAGCCAUGUAUAGUUCCAGCAUAGCUUUUCAUGUUUUUAUCAAAAUAUAGGAUCAAAACCUGGUAUAGAGUAUGCUGUUGGGUAAAGGUCACUGUUUCUAUAAUUUGGUUUGCUUAGAAAAAUUACAUCCUGAUAUUGUUCUAGGUAUUUGUUAGAAUCUUGUCAGUUCUGUUGCGUGGGAAUCCUUGGGUCUAUGCCAUUCAUUGGAAUGCCUUGUAUGAUUAUGCUUUCAAAAUUGAACCACAUGGUUAGUAGGAUAAACUAGGUCAGUCAAUGUACAGUCUUUUGGGGCAAGCCUUGUGCAAUUGUGUGAAGAGUGCAAAGGUAAUUGGCAAUCGGGACGUCAUUAGGUGCUUAAAUUAUUCCAUUAAGUUUUUUGUACUUCUUUUUGGUAAUUUUGGGUAAAGGUUUUCUUACAAUUUGUUUAAACUUUGUCAGUCUUUGUAUAGCAUUCAAAUGAUUUUAUUUGUAUUCAGUUACAUUUUAUAUUGAGACUUUUGGAUACUGCUGUAAUUUGCACUUCAUUUACUCCCAUGAUUUUAGCCGUACAACUGUGUUUAGAAUCUGUUACAACCAUACAUCAUUCUUACCAUUUUAAGUACCAUAAGUCAAUUAGCCUGCCUGAGGAGAUAAAGCUUGGCAUUAUAUCAAGGCUCCCUGUCAAGUCUCUCCGAAGACCCUGGCAUGGUCUCAUCUAACUCCAUAUUUCCAUCAAAAACGCACUUCUCUCAGGCUGACGAAGACUUUGAAGAUAUGGAGGCAUUCAAUUGGAUCCGGUAUUAGUCUGUUUGUACUUGAUGGAUGAUCGAUGAAGCUUAUUGACCUUCCUCUUCAUCUCCAUCUUCAUCUACCUUUCAAGUUCAACUAUUUAAAUGAGACUGAAGUUAUGAGCCUAGAAGAUUGGGUUGUUGCAAUGGUUUAUUGCUUAUAUAAGUUGAGUUUCAAGGUGCUCUUUGGUGGAAUCAAUUAGGAGGUAUAGAACAUUUUGUAUAUGAACAUUAUUUUGGGUUCUUUGCUAGGGGUAAGCCUGUUUUGUCAAUUAGUUGAGGAGCAUAAACAUGGCUGAAUUAAUAUUAUGACCUUUCCUCAUUUGAA